AUGGCGCCUGUAAACCCAUCUGGUCCUCCACCAGCUCCAAUGCUCGGCCAAGGCGGCUUCGCUGCUCCUUUUCCACCUGCCUCAACCACAAGCAACGGUCCAGGUAACAUGGCUGCACCACCACCUCGAGCCCCUUCACAAGCUUCCGCAGCUGGACGAGGAGGUCAUGCCGCGUUACCUCGCGGAGGAGCAGGAGCCUACGCACGAUCAGCCCCCCAUGGACCCUUAUCAAAUCGUGUACCCGUGCCCUUCCAGCCCCAAGCAAUGUACCAAGGCUUCCCUAUGGGACCCGCUGGCGCCAACAACAAUAACGCCGACGAUGAUGAAGACUCCGACUCAGACGACGAAGACUCCACAGCCAUCCGCCUCAACAUAUUCACUCCCAUCAAUGUCCGCGGCGACGGAAACCUCAUAGCUAUGGAUACUAGCGCUACCGCUACGACUAUCGCUCAAGGAGUCGUCGAUGCCCUACGUUGCUUGACAUACGGCGACGACAAAGGUGUUCCCAUGAUCGACGAAGACGGUCGCCCACGCCCUAUCAAAGUCAACGUCAAAGCUCCCCUCACCAUCCUCGGUUCUAGGAAUCUGAUGGGCGAGCGCGCUGUUAUGGAGAGACUUGCACCGACUGUGGCGACUCGCCCUGCUGCCGUUAUCACGAAGGUGCCGCUUACGGAACUUGGUGGUCCUGAUGAAGUAGCUAAAAGUAGCGAGAAUGGCGAAGUCAAUGGCUCGUUCAAGAAGCGCGAGAGGGAGGGAAGCGUGGAGGCUGAUGGAGACUCGAAGCGGUCGCGUGUGGACUGA